UACACAGAAAUUUCAUUGCGUUGACCAUUGACUGUGACACAUUACGUUUUGCAAUUAGCGUUGGAGAGGAGUGAACAAAAUUAUAGCGUCAUUCGGGUCAUUGCCAAAAACUAAAGUUGUGCAUAUAAUAACUGACAAUUCAGCCUCUAGCAUUCUCAUUCACCGUCUGCUACCACCACCAUUCAUUCACGCCCUUCUUCAUGGUGUAGAUUUUCACCAAGUAAGCUUCCUGACUCUAAAAAUGGGAGAUGCCAAAGUUUCUGAAAAUGGGACAGAAAAAGUGAGCGAGUCCAAAGUUCUAACGGAGAAUCCCAAAUACUACAAGACGUAUCCGGAGAGGGAAGUUCACGAAAAGUUCUUUCGCGACGUGUUUGAGAUAAUUUUGAAGGACGCCUUGUUUGAGGGGAUUCAGCGAGAUCAGCCCGUCGUCAGGUUCGAGCAGCCUCACGAUCUCUGGAAAAUUCUCAACUUGAAGUUGGGACGAGAUCCAGCUCAUAAUCAUGACGUUCUUCUCGACUUGGUCAAGGACGUUAUCAAGUACAGCGUCAAAACAGGGCACCCGUACUUUAUUAAUCAGCUCUACUCGGGUAUUGACCCCUAUGGCGUCGCUGCAGAAUGGGUAGCGUCUGCCCUCAAUGGUUCCGUGUACACGUACGAGGUUGCACCCGUCUUUACACUCAUGGAGUUGGAAGUGUUUGAGAGGAUGCGAAAUAUUAUCGGAUUUCCAAAAAAUCAAGGGGACGGUUUGUUCUGUCCGGGCGGGUCACUUGCAAAUGGAUACGCCAUCUCCGUCGCCAGAUAUAAGAAGCGACCGGAAAUUAAAGAAUUGGGAUUGUCUGGAGUAAAACCCAUGAUAAUGUUUGUCUCGGAAGACGCUCACUACUCAUUCAAGAAAUUGGCCUCUUUUCAGGGAAUUGGUUUGAAAAAUGUGGUUGGAGUGAAAGUUGAUUCUCGUGGGAAGAUGAACGUGACCGAACUGGACAAGGAGAUUCAGAGCUCCAUCGACAAAGGGUUUGACCCAUUUCUUGUCUCUGCGACCGCCGGAACAACGGUUUUGGGGGCGUUUGAUCCAAUUGACGAAAUUGCUGAGGUUUGCAAAAAGUAUGGGCUCUGGUUACACGUGGAUGGCGCUUGGGGUGGCGGUGCACUGAUGUCAGAUACGUACAGGGACUUGAUGAAGGGAAUUGAAAAGGCAGAUUCCGUGACAUGGAAUCCACACAAAUUGCUAUGCGCCCCCCAGCAAUGCUCCACAUUUCUGUUAAAGGAUGGCACCAUUGCGACCGACGCCCACGCGACGAGAGCGACAUACCUUUUCCAGCAAGAUAAGUUUUACGAGGCUCAAUUCGACACGGGAGAUAAGCACAUCCAAUGUGGACGACGAGCUGAUGUCCUCAAGUUCUGGUUGAUGUGGAAAGCAAAGGGAAAGGACGGGUUCGAAGCUCAUAUUGACCAUAUCUUCGGACUGGCAAAGUUUUGCGUGGAGGAGUUGAGGCGACGUGGACCCAGCUUCAAGUUGCUCUUGGAGGAUCCUGAAUGCACAAAUGUCGUCUUUUGGUACAUUCCUCCAAGUCUGCAGGAUAUGAAUCAAAGUUCUCCAGAGUUUUGGGACAGAAUUCACAAAAUUGCUCCCAAAAUCAAGGAACGGAUGAUGCGUCAAGGGACCAUGAUGUGCACGUAUCAACCAUUGCGACAAUACCAAAAUUUCUUCAGAGUGGUGAUUCAAAGCUCUGAAGUUAACGAGAAGGACGUAACAUAUUUCCUGGAUGAGAUUGAAAAGUGUGGAAAAGAUCUUUGAGACUGGAAGUAAUAACGUCGAUGGCUUUAUCAAUUACGUGCUUUAAUUUUUCUCUAUACGAUUAUUUAUUUAUUUAUUUUAACUUAUUCACUUUUCAAUUUAUUUCUACAUUAAAAAUGUACUUUUAUUUAAAUUAUCUUCCCGGAUGUGUUACUAACCUCAAUGUAUGAACAUAACUACUA